AUGGGUACUGUGACCUUCGGGUCAGAUAAUCAUUGGACACAGAAGAAGAAGAAGAAGAAAGUGAUGACUUCGAUACUCGGAGACCUCAGGAGCUUCAUCGAAAAGAAACGCCUCGUAGUUCGCCAAGUCUCUGAUCGCUUUCGUAACUGCUUCUCGUCGCACCGCGACGUCUUGGAAAAAUUUAUCAAGCCCAAGGUGAACGGAACGGAACAGCCGAAAGCCCGAAGUGGCCACCGGAUUGCUUGUGAUCAUCGGAACCUGUACUCAUACGGCGGCUUCAAUCCAUGCGUAUCUGAUUCUGACCCUGACGUGAGUGAUGAUCAGACGUGGAGCGCUAGCAAACCACUGUUCAAGGAACUGUGGCGUUUCAACUUUGUCAGCAAGCGCUGGACCCGACUACCUGGCCAGGAAAAUAUGCCGAACGAGCUGGCGUCGAAUGCAGUAAUACUGUGUGGCAAUACGCUGAUAGUGUACGGUGGCACCGGCGUCCCGUUCGGCGAGAGCUGCAGCAAUCAGUUGUACGUCUGUAACGUGGACGACGGUGCGAUAAAUGCCGUGCCAGCCAUAGGCGAGCUACCUGAACCACAGUAUGGGCAGGCACUAGUAUGCCACAGUUCCUAUCUCUAUACAGUCGGUGGCACUACUGGUUAUGAAUAUACCUGCGACAUUCACCGCUUUGAUCUAAGAAGAGGCGUCUGGGAGGUAGUAUAUAUUUGCUCAGGCAAGGAUGAGUUAGAGCCGUAUGGCAGAUACAGGCAUGAGCUUGCUUUUGACGGCAAGAUGAUCUAUGUUUUGGGUGGUGGUACUUCGAGUGAAUCCUAUGGUUUCUUGGAAAUACCGGCGUUUGAUUUGAAAACUAACAGUUGGAAAAUUUUGAACACGCAUGGCGAAACUGAAGAGACUAUGGUACCGGCGCCACGACGUUGUCACGGUUCCGUGCAGCACACGGAUGAGAAGAGCGGCGUUACUUCGGUUGUCAUAUCGGGCGGUUACAAUGGCGACCGGGUGUUUUCCGACGUUUGGCGACUUAAUCUUAGCACGUUGCGGUGGACACGCUUGCAAGAAUGCAUCCUACCACGUCCUGCGUACUUCCAUUCGGCUGCGCUGACUCCGGAAGGUUGCAUGUACAUAUUCGGCGGUAUAGUCAAAAUAAACACCAAGAUGAAAAGAACAAACGCGGUUUACUCCGCUUGGCUAACAAUUCCCAAAUUGUCCGAGAUCUGCUGGCAAGCGUUGAAUUACUAUUGGGAGGAUUUGAAAGACGCUUCACCGGACGAGUUGCUUAGCAUGGGGAUACCAUUAAAAUUUGUACAAAGACUUGAAUUCUGCGACUGGUGAACGAUUAAUUUCCUCGAUAUCUCCAAAUUCUCAAAUCAGAUGUUUUUUACGCUAUAUGCACUUUAAAAUGUUUGGCCACGCUUCGAUCAUUCGAUAUUUUGAUUUAUAUAGAGGUGUUUCAACUUCUGAAAUUUUUGAUUUUUUGAGAAAUGAUAAAGUACCGAAUUCCUGUAUCUCUUGUAGCAAUAGAGAAGUUCCUCCUGUUAUAAAAUGGUUUAGUUAUAAAAACUGGCAGCAAACAUGGAGAGAAUUGGAUGUACAUGCUCGAUUAGAGCUGUCAAGUGUGGUGGUUUUUUUUUCCCACUAAAAAAAGGAUUAAGCUUUUAAAAACUUUAAAGCGUAAGAGCUGUGUUUAUAAACCCAAUUUGAUGACAUGUUUUCUCAAGUAUGUGAGUAGUGUGCAGAAGUCAGGAAUGGCCAAGAAAAGGUGGGCGAUCUUUACGAGUAGUGACUGCGACAUUAGUUCAAAGAUUUCUUCUUCUUAAGUGACCAAUGGUAGUUUCCAAUUCCUGAAUUAGAAUCACAGUACCACAGUUUCGUCAUAGAAUCACUGGAGUAUCAAAGACUUCUAUUCCACAAAUACAACCGCAUGUCGCCAAAAUGGAAAAAGUGUCACUGUGCGGAGGAGAAAUAUUUGAAAAAAAAACCGAUCUAAAGUAGGACUAAGUAACACAUACAAUUUUAUCGCCAUUACUAAAAUUCCUGACGGAAGUUGAGCCAUCCUUAUAACUUUCGAUGCAACUUUUUUACUAUUUUUAUCAAUGUGAAUGGUAAAGUAAUUUCACACGAUUGUACAUUACUAUUUAUUAUAUACCUGUGACAGCUGUAACUUAAUAGCGCAAACUAUUGCCAAAAUACCAGACCUUUCUUCUUUCUUAUAUUUGCGAUUCAAUCUGACA